ACUCAGCAGACUUUAAAAAGCCUAAAGAUAACGCGUGCAAGGUGGGAGACGCACACAUUCCGAGGAGAGUUCCUUCGACUAGACCAUGGAACAUAUAGGUGGGCAUCUCCACCAAACUCACGUAGACACCAUUAGUUUCGGGAUUGACCAGAUACUCAACAAUGCGGAUCAGGGGAGUUGCAUGAUCUCCAACCCGAGGAUGCAGGACCUGGACUACGGCUUGGGAAGUAUCGUCAGUACCGCUUACAACACCAUGACCGGCAACUAUAAUGGCAACAACGCUGGUGGAUACAACAGCAACGCUUGCAGCAUGGGCUCGCUGAAUAGCACUUAUAACAUGAACAUGGGCAUGAGCGUCAACGCGAAUGGUCUUAAUUCGUCAGGGGUGAUCCGUGUGCCCGCGCAUCGACCGCUUAGCAGCAUGCACUCUUCAAUAACCACCAACGGUGCUUCGGUGCCAAGUAUGGCAAACAUGGCUACCAUUAACAACCUCACGGGAUUAACGUUUCCCUGGAUGGAGAGUAAUAGAAGAUAUACCAAAGACAGAUUCACUACAGGUCAUCCGUACCAGAAUCGGACUCCGCCGAAGAAGAAAAAGCCCAGAACGUCCUUCACUCGACUGCAGAUCUGCGAGCUGGAGAAGCGCUUUCACCGACAGAAGUACUUGGCUUCCGCGGAGAGAGCAGCCCUGGCCAAGGCACUCAAAAUGACUGAUGCACAAGUCAAAACAUGGUUCCAGAACAGAAGAACAAAAUGGAGGCGGCAGACAGCGGAGGAGAGGGAGGCUGAACGGCAGCAGGCGAACCGAAUCCUAAUGCAGCUCCAACAAGAAGCCUUCCAAAAGACUAUAAACCAGCCGGCCAACCCGGACCCUAUCUGCCUACACAACAGCUCCCUCUUUGCACUUCAGAACCUACAGCCUUGGACUGAGAACACUGCAAAAAUGAGCAGCGUAUCAGCCUGCGAGUAACUGUGGAUAUUUACUCACUUUUUUCACCAUGGACAAGGAUAAUUUACAGAACAAGAAAUGGUUCUCUCUGAGGCAACGUUUUAUUUGUUUCUCCCUCAACCCGUUAUGAUAUUUAUUCAGUUGGCUAACACACAGGCAACAUAGGCCUACUUAUGGUUAUUUCAAUACUCAAUACUGCAUUUAGCUUGAAGGCGUUCAACCCGGUGGUAUAGGUAGUAGACGUUUACCUAAAAUCAAACGCAUUUGUCUAUAUGCUAUUGUACGAAUUAAUCGAGCUAGAAGAAAUUUAUUUUGGGGGUAAAAUUAGACACGCCACUGUACUGCUUCAAAUCCGGAUACUGGGACUAUGAUUGACAAUUAGUGCAGGUCUAAAAAUAGUUUUUUUUUUUUUUUUUUUGCACUAGGCCUAUAGAAAUUAAUUCAUUUGUAACCUAAUUUAAUUCUCUGAGCUCGCACUCAGCGGCAUUGACAGUAAUAAUUAAUCUUAAAUUAAUCUCGGAGAUUGAAAGUAUUUCUUAGUGCUUUUUGAAUACUUUAGGCUAUAUGCGUUUUUGACAGAUUCAAUAAAUCAGACAGACUUAUAGUAGGCCUAUACAAGACUUUUUUAAUUAUUAUUAUUUUGCCAGAACAGUGCGCAGACGAAAUUCUGUUGGAUAGCCUAUUAGGCGCGGGCGGCUCCUGUUGUGGAUUAUUACAAAAUAAAUAACUAACAAAACACUUAGGCCUACUUAUGGGACGUCCAUGUACUUUCCACUUUCCACAGGAGUAGGCUAAAUCGAAGGUUUAUAAAUUGCAACACAACACAUUUAUACAUUGAAACACAUUUAUACAUUUCAUGAAAUUACUUGAAUAGAAUUACUUUGAGUUUUUUGUUGCCAAAUCCGUCGCAUUGCGCAAUGGAUGACUGAAAAUAUUUCCAAGGUCAUCCAUGCAGUGCCAUAUCCUGUAAGCCUUCAUCUUGUGUCUUCAUAAUAGCUACGUCAAUUAAGCACUUAAAACGUCACUCACAUUUUGAACAACCACUAGGCUACAUUACAUUAACGUUCACCUGUGAUUCAAAAGCAUUUUGAAGAUGAAUAUAGAUUUAUACAGCACUCAUAACUUAUGACUGAGGGUCUUCUUGUAUUUUGUGUAAUCUACUUCCCAUACCAAUGCACUUAUUACCAUGUAUGCAAAGACUAGCAUUGUGAGAUCUAUUGGUAAAAUAUUGUAUAUGGAUUGUAAACAACAUUUGAUAAUAUGUCUGAAUACCAGUCAUCGUUAUGAUGGAUGGCAUUCUCCAAAGAGUGAGUGACAUUAGUGGUUGCAUGAUAAAUGUAUGGCCUCCCAGCUCUAGAGGGAGUGUCUUACAUUAUGUUUGUGAGGUUAACCCUGGGCAGAUGGGUUGGAGUGUUUCUGAGACUGUGCAGGAGCCUCUUUCGCUCUCUCGCUCUCCCACUGCAAGCGAAGGAAUGCGGUGUUCCGUUUCAUCAUCACUUUUUCAAAUUAUAAUUUUCAAUGCGCCAUGCCAGCAACACCCCUUUCUCGCACAGCCCCAAAUAGUUUCUCUUAGGCUUAGAUUUCUGUGAAGAGACUAUCCUGCCUUUAUAGAAACCAGUUCCACUGGACAUUGCAUUGAUUUGACACAGGUCUGGUAAACAGGGUCAGUUGCUAUUUGGAAGUCAGCAAAAACAUCCAAUAUUUUUUUGAAAAAAAAAAAAAAGCUAUGGCCAAAAGUGGGGAUGAAUGCCCCCCCCCCCCAGCUGUAAUGGAAAUUAACAGGGUUUUCCUUACACAUCACAGUAUCAAAUAUUUAAAAGUGAAUCAGUGGUCAUAACAGGACCCAUCUUGUCACCAGCACUACAAAUUCAAGAUGAGAAAUGCCAGAAGUACAUUUGAUGUCUCCGUAUGCGUUUCGAAAGGAUAACCACAAAAUGUGGUUGUGCAAGGGGGAGAAGAGGCAUCAAACCAAGCUGAUCAGGUUUGAUUUUUUCCAGGCACUUUUUCAGCUCUGCAAAAUGUACAAAGCAAAUGGUCACUGGCACUGAGUUCAGUGUGGUAUGCUCAAAUUCAGCCUUCAGAGACAGCAAUAACAUACUUCAAUUUUUAGUAGAGGCUUACUCUGCAAUCAACUGUUCCUUUGGAAGCUCUUUUCAAAAAAUGAAAAAUAGCCGGCAAACAAAGCAGUUGUAUAUUUGAUGUUAAAGUUGAAAGAGGAUAUGCAAAGGAGGUGUACUUUUCUUAAAAAUGUGAAAUGGCAUCAUCUUUAUGUAAGUCAAACAUUAAAGUACAGCAUGCAUUUUUUUCCACGUUUAUGUUUUUAGAUAUUCUGGUUAUGUUCAUUAAAACCUGUGUAGGUUUUAUACAACACAUUUGUAAUAAAUUACAUGAUUUUCUAUUUGGUGAAUAUUUGUCCAGUUUUUUAAGAGCAGUAUGUAAAUACUUUCUCUCCUGCUUAAUAUGUUGUAAGC